AUGGAUUCGACUUUCGUCGCUGUCGCCCUCGCGGGCUUCGUUCUUUCUGCCGUUGUCGCCGAGGCGGCAUCGGCCUACGCCGACGUUUGGGAGGUGGUGAGCUCGCUCAUCACCUCCGACAUGACGGUCGCCGACGCCAUCCAGCUCGGCAUCGCCGUCUUCUUCCUCGCCAGCUUGCUGGCACACUUCUUCGUCUUCCUGUGGGGAUGCCUCCCCAUGGCUGCCUCCAGGUGCCGCCAGGCCCUGGAGUCGUCGCUUGCAGGAACCGCUCGUCGGGUCAAUCUGGCUCGCGAGUGUGCUGUCGACGCCGCCUGGGGGUUCAUCAAUGCCCUCGGGUCAACUACACCUGCCGGCAUCCUCAUCUGGGUGCUCCGCCGUCUCGUCUGGCCUCUCCUGCUCCUUGUCUUGCGUCCCUUCAUUCCGGGGAUUCUCAGGAAGUAUUUCCUGUGGAAGAGCUGGGCGAAGGACCGGGCGGGAGACUUCGUGGACUAUGUCUGCGUCGACAAGGGGAAGCAAGCCGAGCGGCGCCGCGUCAUCGAGACGCGGUGGCUCGGGUACGGCGUGCAAGUGGCGAAGCUCAACAAGCUGAACGAGGAGGUCGCCGAUAUCGCUCGGAAAGCCGCUCACGCCUUCAGCUCUAAUAGCAGUUGGCUCGCCGGGAAGUACGAGCACCUUCGGCCGACUGAGUUCGCUGGUCGGGUCGCCGCCGUGGUCCCCGAGGAAGGCCCGGUCCCGGUUCUCGGUCUCUGGACCCGCCUCCGUCAAAGGAUCGACGUCAGCGUCUACGUUGCUGACCAAACCAUUCGUCGGAUUGAAUCCGCGAUGGCGAGGAACCAGGCCAGCAUUGCUGACCUGGAGCAUCAGUUGGCGUUCCGGUCCCAGGAGCUCCGGGCUAUCCAUGACCAGGUUCGCAUCUGCCAGGCGCGGGCGAAGCAGGAGUGGAUGAGGGCGCAGAUCCGCCCCAGACAACUCGCUGCUCUUCGUCCAACCCCCAAGGCCGAACCAGAGACCCGGGCCGGAGAAGGUUCCUCCCUCCACGAGCGUUUGCAAGCCAAGCUUCGCAAGUGCCUGGACAAGACGGCGUCGAGUGCGCGCCUGGACGAAGAAAUGCGCCGCUGGAAGAAGGCCUUCAACGCCGGCCAGCAAGAGGAAUCCGCGAGACGAGCCGCCGAGGCCGCAGAGACCCGCCGUUACCUCGCCCAGUCAGCCGACUGGCGACGAGCCCAGCGCCGUCAUUACCACGAGGUGCGGUCGGACCGCUCCGGCAACCCAUCCCUCGCCCAGUUCUUGCGCGCCGAGGAGGAGGCCGAAGCCCGGCGACGGGCCCGCGCCGAGUUCCUCCGGCAAACCGAGGACGCGAUCCGCGCCGUGGUCGCCGCCCGCCGGUCCGACGAGGCCAGGCUCGAGUCGGCCCUUGCCGAGGAGAGCAGGCUGAGGGCUGCGUGGGAAGCCGCGCGCGCGACCCGCACCGCCCUGGAGGCCAAGAUCGAGUCGGCACUCGCCGAGGAGAGGAGGCUGAAGGGGCUGUUGGGCGAAAGCCCAGCCGAGGAACCCGAGCCUUCAUCGAAGGGGAGGGAGAAGGCUGCUGGCCCAGCUCAGGAACCGGAACCUUCAUCGAAGGGGAAGGAGAAGGCUGGCAAUGACGUCGCUCAGGAACCGGAGACGGCGAGGUCCGCGCCCGCCCAGGAACCGGAGAAGGCUGACGCAGCGGCGACUCAGGAACCCGAGUCUUCUUUGAAGAGGAGGGUGAAAGUCGUUCGCUUUGCCGUCCCCGAGGAACCCGAGUCUCCUUUGGAGAGGAGGGUGAAGGAGGACAACGCGGCGGCCCAGGAACCCGAGACUCCUUUGGAGGGGAGGGUGAAAGUCGUUCGCUUUGCUGUCCCCGAGGAACCCGAGUCUCCUUUGGAGAGGAAGGUGAAGGAGGACCAGGAGGAGACCCAGGAACCGGAGACGGCGGGGCUCACACCCGCCCAGGAACCGGAGACGGUCGAAUCCCCGUCGCUCGCCGAAGAGCCGACUCCUGAGGUGGAGCAGGACGAGGUCAAGGACGGAGCUGACUCGAUCGCCGAGGAACCCGAGCUUCCUUUGGAGGGGAGGGUGAAGGCUGAUCAUGAGAUGGCCGAGCCUGAAGGGUCUUUGACCGGGAUGGCUGAGGCUGAUUCUCAGGGCACUCAGGAACCGGAGCUGAAGGCCUCAUAUGAGGAGGAAGCAAUGGUGAAGGUCGCCCAGACGCCGGCUGGACAAUCGGAAACCGAGGCCUCAUACGAGGAGGAGGAGAUGAUGACAGCUGCGCAACCCCUCGCCGAGGAACCGGAGAAGGUUGGGCAAGCGGGGCCCGCCGAGGAACCGGAGAAGGCAGAGGAGAGACUCGCCGAGGAACCAGUGAAGGUUGGGCACACAGUGUUCGCUGAGGAACUGGAGAAGGUUGAGGAAGAGCUCGUCGAGGAACUGGUGAAGGUUGGCUUUAUGGAUGCCGCCGAGGGACCGGAGAAGACCGAGCAAGCCGUUGCCGAGGAACCGGAACCUGUGGCGGAGCAGGGGAUGGAGAAGGCGGCUGACCCGAUGGAGCUGGACCCAGCCGAGGCGGAAGUCCACGCGGAAGGCUUCGCCUUCCUUCAAGGCGCCGAAGCUCAGCGACGCGCGGAGGAGGAAGAAGAGCGUGCCAUGGCGCUGGCGCUACAGGCCGCUCUAGAGGAGCAUGCGAGGGAGGAAGCCGAAGCUGCGAGGAGAGCUUCAGAGGAGCGAGCUUGGCUUGAGCGGGAGCAAGCCUUGCUCGAGGAGGCCCGGCGGAGGGAGGAGUCGGAGCGGGCGCUCCAGGCCGCGUUUGCCGCGAGGCUGCGGGCCGAUGAAGAGCACCGCGCUGCCGCUCAAGCUGCGGCCGAGACCGCAUAUGCGGAGGAGGUCAGCAUGCUUGACGCGCCCGACUCCGGCCCCAAUGCCGAGGCCGAGAACGCCCAAGACCCCGACGCCGGGGUGUCCAAGUCAGACCGGGCUGACGAGGACAGCGAAAUCUCGAGUCUCAACUCGGAGGAUUUCGCCUGGCUGAACGCCUUGAUCCCCCAGGGGACUCAGGAGCAGGACGCCACCCCGGCGGAGGGGCGGGUCGAAGCAGCGACCCAAGGCACCCAGGAGGCCGUGCCGCAGUCCGCACCCGCGGAGGAGGCCAAGCCGACUGGCUCUGCCGAGGCGAGCCGCGACGACGGGGCGCCUCCCCUCGUCCUCACCUUCGGCCAGGUCAAGCCGGAGACGACCGCGGUGACCGUUCCGCAGACGGAGUUCGUCUUCAGGGCGGACUUCUCAGGGACGGCGCCCAGACUCCAGGCCGACGCAGCGGAAGCCAAGUCCGCUCCCGCGGACGCGGCCAAGCAGCAGAAGGCCGGGCCAGCCAUUCCUGCCGGGCGGAAGGUGCUGCGCGCUCGCGGAGCGAAGGGCAGCGCGGAAGCCAGACGGAAGGCUGCGCUGGAGCUGCAGGCUCUCCAGGCCCGCCCGAAGCUUGAGGACUUGGAGGAGCUGACGGAGGAGAACGCCGCGUGGGUGGCGGAGGUGGAGGAGGCCUGGCUCGCAGAGCUCCAGGCCGACUCGGGUGCCGACUCCAAGGGGAAGGAGAAGGCAAAGUCCGGGCCCGAAGCGCGGGCCGAGGUGCGAACCCGGCUCGCGCUUGAGUUUCAGGCCAUCGAGGAGGCACGGCAGCGGUCCGAGAGCGCCUACCUGAGCGGGGUAGAGCUGUUCCAGGGCCGUGAGACCACCUUCCGAGAGGCCAAAUACGACGAGGAAGCGCUCUUCGACCCGCGCGCAGCGACAGCUCGCCGCGAGGCGGAGAUCGCUUUCGCAAUGAGCAAGGCCGCCGAGGAGGCUCGGCGGUCUGCCGCUGCGAUAGCUCCUCCCGAGGAGGAAGAAGAGGUGUCCGAAGAAGAGUAG